GUUCAAAAAACGAAGUUCACGAACAGAGGAAGUGUACUUGACGACGAGAGUGAAAGAGAGUAUUUUGCCCAUUUCGUGAAAGUUUAUCCACAAAAGAAGUAAAGAAAUAAAAUAUUAACCAGCCAAUAAAAAAAAAAACACAUUCCUACACAUCAUUCAUUUAACCGAUAACACAUGCGGGGUGACGAAUCGUGUGCGAGUGAUUGAUUUAAUUGCAAAAGAAGAAGAAACAAGAAAAAACAACGUACUUGGAAGACAUCCGACAGUCGUUCCCAUUUAACACUUGUUUACACUUGUUUUUGUGUGUUGCCUCCUCUCGGCGUAAACAGCGCGAGCGAAAAAAUAACAUCAUCAUCAUUAACGUCGCUUUGGAAGAAAAAAAAUUCCAUUAGUGUUGAAGUUUGCUUAAAAAACAAAACUAAUCAACAGUUCAAACAUAUCGCCCGUGAGAAGUAAAGCUGACGCAUUCCCAAUACCGCUGGCAAACUGAAGCUCGAAAAAGAUAAAUUCAUUUCUUGAUCCUCAACGAGUUUAAUAAAAUUCGCCACCACGUCGCAGUUUACUUGGCUACAUAAACCACAACACGUUUGUGUUUUUAAAGUUAAGAAAAAAUCCUAUCACGGCGUUAAUAUAACAUAAUUAACGCCUCGAAGCGAGCUUCAGCAUCAGUGGACAAAGCUUGGCUUUCAACUCAACUCUCAAUUGCAGCAGCAGUAGCCCGACGCCCAGAAGCCUUUAAAAACUGAACAAACCCCGUUCGAAAACCCAAAACACAAGAUGCCCGUUCAAUCACCUAUUGAGAUUAGCAAUCGUGUCAUCGAACACAUCGAUGACAUUGAUCCACUUGAGUAUCAUGGCCACUGGGAGCCGGUGGGCAUUGCCCGCGUACACAAUACCGGCACCUCGGCCAUGGUAACAUUUGGCAAACGCAAGGAACAACCCUAUCUGCUGGGCGGCUGUUUGGGUGAUCAGAAAUACAUAUUCGAACAAUUGCAUUUUCACUGGGCCGACACGGAUGAAUCCGGCUGUGAACAUACCCUGGAGGGAAUGAAAUAUUCCAUGGAAGCUCAUGCGGUGCACUACAACUCAAAGUACAAAGAUUUCUCAGAGGCAAAGAAUAAACCGGACGGUUUGGCUGUUGUGGCAUUCUUUAUACAGGCGUGUGGUGAAAAGGAUUGCCCGGAAUUUAAGAAAAUCACCGAAGGUAUACGUAUUGUACAAAAAAUCCAUACCUCGGCGUCUGUUGAUUCAGAUUGCCUUUCAUGGAUUGGUCUACAGGAGUUAAGCAAACAUUACUACACAUAUAAAGGAUCUCUAACAACGGCACCAUAUUUUGAAAGUGUUACAUGGAUUAUUUAUCGGACACCGAUAUAUGUGUCCAAAGGACAGGUUCAAGUUUUUCGCAAUCUCCAAUCAUGUCCCAAGGAUGAAACCAAGAAAAUAGUCAACAACUAUCGUGAAAUACAAAAGCCCAGCAACAAUCCGGAAAUUAUUUUCGCACGCAAUGUUAAACCAAAAUCAAAAUUAUGAUCUAAUCAUUUUCGAAGAAACCUCAAGCUAAGCAUUCUAAUAAUCGUAUCAUAAAUAAAAAAUAAAAUUCUCUAUAGAUUCUAUAGUUCGGUUCUAAGACAUUGUCUCGCCCUAAGAUGUUCGAAAACAAUAGAA